UUUUAAUAAUUAUAUAUUUUAAUUAAUUAAAAUAUUGUCUAUGGUCAUUCGCAUGGUUUCUAUACCAGUUAUAAUAAUGCUGCUUAGUUCUCCAAAUUACUCUUUAUAAGAGAAUAUGAAGUGGUUUUUGAAGCCUUUUGCUUCAAGCCGAAUCGAUGAGCGCGACCCGAUCUAUGCUCUCCGUGUGUUUCUCCGGACUAAGGUGUUUUCAAGUGCUCUCGCCCCUGUUGUCUUCGUCACCCCGUCUGCGUACAUUUGGAACCCUCAAACCCUCGUCUCCAACAUCAACAAUGUCGUCGUCGUCCUCCUCCUCCUCCUGAGCCUGCUCCCGCUGCACCUUCAUAAACCCUCCCUCUCAGAAAUCCUCGUGCCAGGUUUGCCUCUCCCCUUCUCUUCUCCCUCCCCCUUCCUCCUCCUCUUCUCCCUCUCCUCCUCCUCCUUCUUCUUCUUCGUCUCUUCGCUGGAACUGCCGUGCCUGCACCUUCUCCAACGCCGCCGCCGCCUCCUCCUCCUGCGAGAUGUGCGGCGCCGCCGCGCCCUACUCCGCCGCUCUUGCCGACGCCGCCCUCGACCCCGACGAGAUCUCCGACCCCUCCGUCGGCUCCGUCUUCCUCCCCCUCCGCCGCUGCGGCCGCAAGCGCCCGGCGCUGGAGGCGGCGGAGCGCCCUGCGGGGGAUAUGGCGGCGGCAUAUGAGCGGCCGUCGUCUUCGGAGCUCGGAAAUGCCGAAGCUAAUUCAAAAAGGAGCACAUUCAAAAUCAUGACCUACAAUGUCUGGUUUCGUGAAGAUCUGGAAGUGCGUAGGAGAAUGGAAGCUCUUGGCGAUCUGGUUCAGCAACACAAACCUGAUCUCAUAUGCUUCCAAGAGGUCACGCCGAACAUAUAUCAACUUUUUCGAAACUCUAAGUGGUGGAAAGAGUAUAAAUGCUCUGUUUCUUACGAAAUGGCUGCUGAAAGACCCUAUUUCUGCAUGCAGCUGAGCAAGUUGCCAGUGAAAGCAUUCAACGUCAAACCAUUCAGCAACUCCAUAAUGGGGAGAGAGCUAUGCUUAGCCGAUAUCAAUAUUGGAGGUGGGAGAAACUUGGUACUUGCCACUACUCACCUGGAGAGCCCCUGUCCGGCCCCGCCUCGUUGGGAUCAGAUGUACAGCAAGGAACGGACAGCUCAGGCGAACGAAUCCCUCAGCCUUCUCAGCGACUCACCUAAUGUAAUAUUCGGCGGUGACAUGAAUUGGGAUGAGAAAUCUGAUGGCCCUUUCCCUCUACCAAAUGGCUGGAUCGAUGCCUGGGUCGAGCUGAAGCGAGGAGAAAAUGGCUGGACUUAUGAUACAAAAGCUAACCCAAUGUUGACGGGAAACCGGACUUUGCAGAAGCGCUUGGAUCGAUUCGUGUGUAAAUUGAAGGAUUUCAAGGUCGAAAGUGUAGAGAUGAUCGGCAAGGAGGCGAUAUCAGGGCUUUCGUACUGCAAGGAGAAGAAAGUCAGGAAAGAGGUGAAGCAGCUGGUGCUUCCUGUGCUGCCUAGUGAUCACUUUGGGCUUCUCUUGACGGUUUCGAGCCACGACAAGAACGUCUGAUCAGCCGUCGUGCCAAAGAUGUGAUGUUUUGUGGAUAGUUCACUGUUAGUGGUCGGACUUAGGCUUGAAAAUAUGUCCGAACGAAUGGUCCUAACAAUGGUUUUCAAAGGAAACUCUGGCUGUCUCAAUUUUGCACCUCGAGAGCCGGAUUUUUGUUAAAAAUAGAAAGUUGCUAUGUCUUGAUGUUGAAAGUGUGUAGUGCAACUAAUAUUUUCAGGCAAAGCAGCUUCCUUCUGCAGUUUAGUUUCUGUUAAUGUCAUAAGAUUAUGGUCACCGUUAGCAAAAUUAGAUAGAUGGCAAGGGUAUCGUUAUUGACAUUUUUCACUA